GAGAAAAAAACUGUUGGAUUACACAGGCAUCGCUCGACAUUUCUAAAACUGUGUUAAAAAGGUAGCAGCGGUCCUGUGAUAUGGGUCAGCAAGUUCACUUAGGUAACCGGUGACCCAAGCAGCUGAAUAAUUUAUACGCUGGUGUGUAGUUCAGGGAUAUAACAGCUUAACACAGGAGUGCUUAAUUCUUGAGGAUUACCAAUCGUUCACGUGGACACACCGAACACCUAUAAACAUAGUGUCGGGAAAUGAAGAAUUACAAUAAGAAAAGUGAUUAGAUGUUCUAAGGAUAUAAACCUCUACGACAUGUAGCAGAAACACAGAUAUGCCUCACGGCGCCAUUCCAUUUCCUUUUGGGGACUGUCGUAUCUGCAACGACAAGGCCACUGGGUUCCACUAUGGAGUGGCUACAUGUGAAGGAUGCAAAGGAUUCUUUAAGAGAAGCAUUCCUAAGGGAGACAAGUACACCUGUUUCUUUGGAGGCCACUGUAAUAUUACACCCUUCAAUAGAAACAGGUGCAAAGCUUGCAGGUUCAAGCGCUGUUUGGAUAAUGGCAUGGCCAUUGAUGCUGUUAAAAUGGGAAGGAUUCCGAAAGUGGAAAAAGAAAGAGCAUUACUAGAAACCAGAAUGCAGUCGCAAGCAAGUGGUUCAAUGGAUGUGGAGACAGAUGACCAAUCUCCUAGUGAUGUGUGGAUAGCUUCACAUGAGAGAGAUCAACCAAAUCAUUCUGUCAGCUCCUUUAACAAAGAAAAAAUGUGUAUUCCUAAUCCUUCUACUUUGUUCUCCUUUGAAAAGAAAAAAAAUCACUUUUCCCAAGAUUCAGCUAACUACAGUGGAUUAAAACAAAGUAAAAGCAUGUAUUCUUGGAUGACAAAUUCUGAAACUGGUAUUUCAGGGCCAAUAGACAAUCAGCCUGUGCAAGCUGGAUCUAAUGAAUGUAUAUCUUCUAAAAAUAUUGACCCAGCCUUGAAUCUGACAUCAUAUACCACAUAUAGAAAAAGUUCUCAACAUAACACUUUGUCAUCUUUUAACUCUAAAACCACUUCAAGAAGCCAUUCACAUGGUCAUUUACUUCAUCAGCCUUUACCCUUCACUCAGUUUACCAAUCCAGUAGUGCAGCACACACACAUGCCAUCACAUGCCCUACACCCUUCACACAGCACAAGUCAUCAGGCACCAACAACCAAUCAAUCUUUACAAAACAACCUUACAUAUCCACUUGAGCCACCACUUUUGCUGAAGUACCCAGUAAAAACAGAACCUCCAAGCUUUCAGCAUACGUUGGACAGAGAAACUGUGAGUUGUGAUAAUCCUUUUGCUCAGUCAACCACCAGCACAAUCUGCCAUUCUAGAGCAUCACAAGUGAUAGACUCAUUUGAACAGUUCCAGAACUUAACACCAACGUGGCCAGAAAACCAUAAUGGAUUUGUACCUGUACAAGUAAAAAAUGAAAUUAUUCCAGAUCAGAACAACAUCUACAAAGUUCAAGAGAAAAAAAUAAAACUGAAUGUCAGUGAUGUCACACCACUGACAAAGGAAAUGUGUAAAAGAACUUCAUACAGUCCAGAUGUAAUUAAGGUUUUGUUGGAUCAAGUUGGAGGGGAGAAAAUACGAGCUAUGAAACAUCAAAUCAUGAGCACAGUAGCUCAGUAUGUAGGCAGGGAAGAAUAUGAAGCAGCUAAACAAUUACUCAAACCCUACACAGAUAUUCCUGAAAAAAACAAGGAGGAUCAUCUGUGUAUAGUUAAACAAACAGGAGGAAAUGAGGCCCAGGCUUUAUUUCAACCACCUUUGCCAACCAAAUCUGGUUUGAUUAAAAACUCCUCUCAAAAAACUUUACAGUUGCCAUUAACUUCUCAGCAUCCCUCAUCUUCAUAUGAUCAGUAUUUAGUUCCUGAUGUUUCAAAUUCUAGCAUAGAAUUUGAUGCUGAAACAUACUUCAACCAGCAUGUUCUAGAUCAGACAAAUAGCUUGGAUUUCUCACUGAGCAUCAACUCACAUUCUCAAAUUGGAUCUAUCUGCCAAGAAAACUCUAAACAAUUUGAACUGACUAGUGAUGAUUUAAAUAAUUUAGAGUCGUUGGUUACCAACACAUCUACUGAAACAGAUCAGCACUUCCCACAAGAGAACAAAGCUACUGUAGAUUCUAAUACUUCCCAAAAGGUAUCAGUGAGCUCACAUCAUCCAGGAUCAGAAAAUGACAGCCCAGACUCUAGUAAUGUGGAUGAUCUCACCAUGUCAGAAAAAGCACUUGUUUUGAGUCAGUUAUUUGAUAAACACUUGAUAGCGCGGAAAAAGAAAAUACAGAAUAUGAAAUACUACAUUGAAAAUAAAAUUAGUCUUCCUAUUCACCCUUUGACCCCAGAAAGCAAGGACAAAGUCUACAAGCUGCUAAUUGAAUCUAUUCCAGAUAUUAACAAAUCUAUUAUAGGUUAUUGCCAGGAAGUACCAGGCUUUUCAAUGUUAGCAAAAAAUGAUAAAGAGUAUCUAAUAAAGAAUGCAUAUUAUGAUUUGUGGAUGUUAACCAACAGCAUCUUUUUUCAAAAUGAUGAAUGUUACCUGGUACUAGAAGAUGGCACUUUCUAUACUCGAGCAUGGAUGGAAAGGAUUCUAAACCCUAAUAUUGUGGACAAAAUUAUGACUUUUAGCAGAAACUUUAACAAAAUUAAUAUAAAUGAUUCUGAGCUGGCUAUACUUUGUGCUAUACAGCUAACAUCAUCAGAUCAUGUUCAUUCUGGAUUUGAAAAUCUUGAGAGUGUUCAUGAACUACAUUCUACUUACCUUGACCUUUUUGCUGAUGAAAUAGCUAGACGCUUCCCACAGACAAAUCGACGUAUUCUGAUUGAUAUAUUUCGUUAUUUACCUGACUUAAGGGAACUCAAUAAACUGCAGAAAGAAAUAAUAGCCAAUCUCUCCACCCAGCAAUGCCCAGAGAAGGUUGAAUAUGCCCCAGAACCAAGUUCAGAUGUGAACAUACCUUUCUUGAAGACGGAUACACUGAACCACUUAAACACCUAGGAAUCUCAUUUAAUUUAUGAGCUCACACCUGUCUCUUUAAUAUCAAUGUAUAGUUUUUAUUGCUUAGAACUUUUAGUUACUUCAACAGCCAGUAUUUUUUGAGUAAUAAUUAAUAUACUUUUUAAACUUUAAAUGAAUAAAACAUAAUAAAAUAUUACUUUCAAUUGUUAAGAACAAAAGGGUUGAUUAAAAAUUAGUAAGAAUUAAGAAUUCGAAAAAAUACACUAAUUGUUCAUUAAAAACUAUUUUAGAAAUGAAAUUGCAAGGCAGCUUGCAAUUAUAUUUGAAAAUGAAAGUCAAAAUUGCUACAUCUUUGUGUAGAGAUCUCAAAUAAAACCUAAGCUACAGGAAUAAUUCAUUUAAUAUUUUAUGAGAUAUUUGAAAAUACAACUUUGUGAAAUAUGUUUAUAUUAUACUUUGUUAAAUAAUUAUUACAAAAUGUUUACUGACCUAAAUCUAACAAUAAUGCUUGAUAAGUAAAUAGCAAGUUAGAUGGUAGAUUGGGCAGCAUAUAUUAGUUAAACUGCUGUUGUUAAAAUACAAAAUGGAAGAAAAGUUAGCCCAUAGGCUUGGCCAUCAAAUUAUGUGCUUUACAAUAUCUAUCAUAUAAACCAAGGAUACAUAACAUUUACUUAAAUAUAUAUACCUUAUAUGUUUUUUUCUUCUUAAAUACUUGUUUUAAAUGAAGAAAUUUAACAUUUUGAAGAAGUUAAAAUAAAAUUUUGUAAAUCAGACCUUACUUCUCCUAACUACAAUUCCAUUUCUAUUCUGUAUUUUAAUAUUCGAAAGAUCGUCAUUAUAAUCAUACUUCAAAUCAUUUUUAUAGAUUUAUUGUUGCUUAGAUUACCAUAUUUUUAAAGCUUGUAACAUUUUUCAGAAGAGUACUGUUAUAUCUUUUGAAUAUAAUUCAAUUUAUUAAUUUGUAAAUCUUUAUAAUUCAUUAACCAUCAAAAUGUUUGAGCGUAUAAAAACAAAACCUCAUGUGAGGGAAAUAUAAUGCAUGUUGUCUAUAUUUUUUAAUAUUUGCCAACUGAUAAUUAUUAUUGAAUACAAGGGAUUGAGUAUGUAUUAUUGAACACUGAAAUAGCACAUUUUUGUUAUUAACCCCCCCAUUUCAUGUAAGGCUUUAUAACAUUUCUAUUGAUCUAAAAGUCCUUCUAUCCCAACACUUAUUAAAAAAAAAUUUCAAAAAUAAAAGUUAAGAAAAUAAAAAAAUGUUUAUAUAACCUACUCCAUUUAACUCAAUACAAUAGAAUGAUAAACCAUCCCACUCUUUUGUAUUUUGUAAUAUGUGUACAAUUUCAAAUCUUAACAUAUUUAGUCCUUGUAUUUAAGUUUUUAGGUUGUCAUCAUGUGUUUUUAUUUUUUUUUAUCCCUUCAUAUUGAAUAUGUUGUACAUAUAAUAUAAAUUACAAUCAGAUAUUAUUCUUUAUGCCAACUUAUUAAUUUUUCUUUAAAUAAUCAAGAAAGUGCUCAAAUAAUUGUUGUCUUUAAAAAAAAAAACUUGUUUAAAGUAUCAUAUCCAAACUGGUAGAGUUACAUAUAGUCUUAGAAUUUUAUUAUUCUUAUUGCUAGCAUGAAUGAGGAAUCAAGUUACAAAAGUUACCGUGAUACACAAAAGGAAUGGUACAAUUAAACUUAUACAAAUAACACAAAUAACUUAAAAUGAAGCCCUUAGGUAUCUGAACUCACGCUGUUUACAUUCCCAUCUUCUACUAGAUAUUUAGAUUAGUUAACAACAUUACAGAAUGUUUUUGAAAAAUGUGUUUCUUCAAACCUUGUAAAGACUGUGUUUAUAGUUUGUGGCCUUGUUAUUUUAUAAUUGAAGUAACUUAUUAAUAUAAUAUUAAACUUCAUUUCUUGAAAUGUUCAAUUUUACCUUUUAACAAAUGUGCCCUCAUACAGUGUUAAAAUUAAGUUCCUUUGGAGUUUACAUUCAACAACUGGGGUGACUUUGCUCCAAUAGGUAACUUUGCCCUAAAGUAAAUAAAAAUUUGUUGGUAAAUUAAUUCUUUCACUUUUAAAAAUGGUAUAUAUGGUAUUAAAGUUGCCUUUAAUAUAAUAAAAAUAUAUUUUGCUAAUUUUAGGUGAGUUGAAACAAUUUUUAUGUACACAGUAUCUACAAACAUAUGUAGCACACCCCACACAUUUAUAAAUGUAUGUAUAUAU